UCUCAUAUCACCAACCUACUCCGAGCGUGAUUUGCUGAUUCAGAGAAUGAAGCGCGUCACAUGGAAAGGUCAAGAUUGGGCAUUUCGUUGUUUUUGAUUUGCCUCACAUUUCACACAGUUCUCGGAUCGGAAGUAGAGCGAUUAGAAAACGACAACGAAGUUGACGCGUUUCCAGCAUAGUGCGACGAGUUUCGCAUCGUAAUUGACCGCGAUAGUGCUCCGUUUCUAUCGGAAGAGGACAGCCCAGCUGUACGUGUAAACAAAAAGUAGUGCUAGCGAGAUGUUAUCACGAUGUGGUGCUGUAUUCGUAGCGGUGAUAGUUUUGUGUGGCCUCAAUGCAGCCUCAGUGCCGGUGAAUAGUUGCAUCGUGGAAUUCGGGGAACAAAGUCGGGGUCGGGGAAUCUCCAAACGGACGUUCAACGGGAAUCCGUAUUGCGAGUUCUUGGGUAUUCGCUAUGCGGAGCCCCCUGCGGGAGCAUUGAGGUUCGAGAACCCAGUGUUGCUUCCACCGCAUGGCGAUCGGAACUUUACCAAGUUGGGCAGCAUUUGCCCACAGGUGGACGAUUUGAACGUCGUGACACAGAUUUUGGGUGAUGAGGAUUGUUUGUUUCUGGACGUUUAUCGACCAGCUGUAGUCGAUACUUCGCGAUUGUUACCGGUGCUGGUUUUCGUUCAUGGAGGAAGUUUCUCCGUCGGUUCGAGUACCAGUGACUUCCACGGGGUCGAUCUGCUAAUUGAUCAUGAAAUCAUCAUUGUAAGCAUUCAGUAUCGGUUGGAUCAACUUGGAUUUCUGCGAUCAGAUGAGUUUAACAUAAGCGGAAAUUUCGGACUCAAAGAUCAGCGAACUGCCUUGCGAUGGGUGCAACAAUAUAUACAAAAUUUCGGGGGAGAUCCCCAAAGAGUCACUUUAAUGGGUCACAGUGCUGGAGCAGCCGCAGUAACUUAUCAUCUUUAUUCUGAGAACUCCAAAGGUUUGUUCCACCAGGCUUUUGCUUUGGGUGGAUCAAUGCUUGCGCCUUGGGCGUUUCUGUACGACGCUGGUCUUUACUCACAUCAGUAUUUCAAAGAACUCAACAUCACAUCCAUAGAGCAAAUGAAGUCUGUAGAUUUCAAAUCAUUCUGGAGCCGAGACAUCGUUUACAAAUUUGCAACCGUCAACUACGGAUUUUGCGUUCCUAGUGCAGAACUUGACGCUGCGGAUGCCGUUGUGACGCGAUCUCCCCAGGAGUUGAUUCGCUCGAAGCCGGUUAACGACGUACCUCUGCUGUUUGGUCAAUCGUCGGAAGAAUUUGAGCUGUUCCUCAGCUAUGUCGAUGACUAUUGGAUGGGAGAAAACUUCCCCAAUUUUCAGAACGAAACCUUGAAAAGCUACAUCGAUGCGAUCGUAGACAGAGCGGCGGAAUUAGCGGAACGGAGUGGCGUGGAAUUGGAUAAAAACGUGUUCUACUUAGAGCUGGCCAAUACAGCCAACUGGUUCUUCCCUAACAAGCAUCUACUGGAAGAGUACUCUAAGUGGGUACCGGAUGAGACGUACUUCUUCCGGUUCCAAUUCGAUGGGAAAUUCGGGUGGUAUAAAAAGGACUUCCACGGGCAUAUUGAUGAAGUAAAACACUACGGUGCAAUCCACGGCGAUGAGCUGGGGUACAUCUUUACUCCUUACAACGUGAGGGAAGCUUUGGCAAAUAGAAGCGCUUUCAGAGAUGAAUGGCGGAUUCACGAGCAGACGGUCCAGCUGGUUGCAAGCUUUAUUAAAUACGGAUCGCCAAACUAUCCCGGAUCAAAACUGGUAUGGCCACCGUACAACGGAAACGUAUCCAGUCCAAGGUACCUGAAUAUCGAUAAGACGUUUGAAAUACGAUCGGAUCAGUGGAGUUUGUAUCACUCUUUCUGGGGUGCUAUAUAUCAGUGUUUGUAUCACUAUAACUGUAAUGAUAUCAAAGAUUUGCUGAGGAUGGUGGUGAAAGAUAAGAGAUUAGUUAAUUAGAGACUAUAAAUAAAUUAUCUUCAUAAUGUUACAAAA